ACUAUACUAAUAUUGUAGAAUUACAUAAUCAACAUCUGAACAUACUUACGUUAAACAUUAAUUGAGCCACUGAGUAAUAGAUAAGAUAUACACUAGGGACGGGGCUACGGGUGUGGUCGAUGUAAGACGGGAGUGGUGUUCUAACCAAGUGCUGAGAAAUAAGGAUUUUAUGCAUUACAGGUGAACUACAGGUGAAGUCACUCAAUCCAGUCCCAGAGGCUUGGGGACCAUACCAAAGACCCCUGGUGACAGCUAGCCGAAAGAGCUACCCAGAUUCAUAUCGCACGGUGGGAGGGUAAGACACAUUUCACUGUCGGACAAUAAACAGUGUUCGAGAGGAGAACUGGAAUUAACAGAAUUCCGGGGGCCAUCUCUCGAAUGAAGUAACCCUCCCUGUCCUGUCACCCCUGUUUUUGUUCAUAGAAGUGAAGAUGUGUCUGGCUCUUGCUAAGUGAUGUGUUCUUGGGAAAAGGGUGGGGCUUCAAAUGGAAGCUGUUCGUCUGAGCUGUCUUAUCGUGGGUGACAUAUUCCUGAUUCAGCACAUCCUACUUGAGUAUGCGGAGAGUGGUAAUUUGACCCAUGGUUUAGACGAUGAGGAUUUUGUUCCAAAAUAAGCAUAAGAGAUCCCUAGAUCUGGGUAGACAGGAAGUUAGAGUAGAGAUUACAUGAUAACCGACUUCGGACAGUUCUAGGAUUGGAGAAGAGGGUAUCCUUAUAGCAUAGGGGAUCCCACAAAGGUGGAUAGGUUUUCCAUGAUAUGGGGAAAACCUGGGAGCACUGUUGAACUUUGUAAAGGUGAUGAAAUCCUACUAACCAUCACAACUAUUAAACUCUCUGAUGAAGGCACUUACACCCUCGGACUACAAAGGACGAGGACAGACAUGAUGGGUGUGUUUUCUAUUAAGGUGCUGCCAAAACCAGAGCCAGACACACUCCUCUACCACCCCUGGACCGAACCUGCCACCUACCACCACUGUGUUAAAAAUACCAUUCAGGUAAUUAAUGUUAGAGACUAUUCAGCUAUUGAUCAAUUAGGCACUGAGACUGGUUUUGAUGGUGGUGACAAUUUGUGGCUGUCCUAUAUGAGGUAUACAGCUAAAACCCUGAGAAGAAAGGACUGCAUUAUUUGUAGUCAUGCUAGACCUGUUCUGGCUACACACCCAUUUGCUGUAGGAGAAGGAGAGGGGUGGUUGUGUAUUCUGAGAAGUUUUUACCAGGUUAAGCCCAAUUCAACCCUAUGUUCCUCUUUGAGCCUUGUGUUUCCUGCAGUACCUCCUCAUCGGGUACCUCCUCAUCGGGCCUCUUGGGGUGUUGAGGCAUAUGGGGGCAAUUACAGUUGCAUCACGGGUACAGGUAAUGGCAUUGAUUAUGGGAGAUUGCCUGAAGCUGAUUGCAGUAGUAACAUAACCAUUAAUUCCACUUGGCCAGUUACAGGCCUAAACCAAACUAGUGGUCUGGCUGAUGUGUGGUGGAUGUGUGGAGCCAAAAGAGUGCUGAGACCCAUUCUUAGAGGAGAAUGGCAAGGUACGUGUGGUCUGACCAGUUUGAUAAUUCCACUGACCAUUGUUGAUGUUGCUGCUGAACAGCUGUUGGGUUCUGUAUCCAGGGGACCUGAAAACAUUCCAUCCCAUGGGAGACAUAGACGUAGUGCUCCAUGGACAGAGGAUGUAGUUGACAUACACACUAACCUGUUGGGAGUGCCAGUGGGGGUUCCUCAUGAGUUUCAGGCCUUGGGUAGGAAUGAUGGACUCUGGCACUUACUACCUAUUAUGGGUCCAGCCAUAGUGGAUGCUAGACAGACUGCAUGGAUUAAUUAUAUCUACUAUAAUCAACAGCGUUUUGUGAAUUACUCCCGUGAUGCACUCACUGGUAUGUCUGAACAGCUUGAGGCCACAUCUAGGGUUGCCAGACAGAAUAGACUUGCUUUGGAUAUGCUUCUUGCCAGUCAGGGGGGCGUCUGCAAGAUGUUCGGUGAACAACGUUGCACGUUUAUUCCUAAUAACACCAGUCCUGAUGGUAGUAUAUCUAAGGCCCUUAGUGGGCUUGAUGCACUAUCUGCUGAGAUGAGGACCAUGGCGGGGGUUGAGGAGUCUGUUCUCUUGGCCUGUUUUGGUAAGUACACUGGUAUGAUGGUUACUGGAUUUCUGACCCUAAUUCUUGUAUUAUUUGUUAUUGAUGUGAUGUGCUGCUUGCAUCAUACCGUGUUUUAAGAAGUCUGUUACAGAUGUGGUGAAGGCUUCAGGGAGGAUGGGACUGACUGAGGAUGACACACGGUAUGCUGUGGGUGAGGUAGUAG